ACACCAAGAAUCUCUCCUUCUCCUGUCUCCUCCCUUCCCUUCCCGGCUUCCCCUCUCUCUCUCCGUCUCCGGCGGCCGGACUAUGGCUCGGAGGGGCGUGUCCUACGUGUCGGCAGCGCAGCUGGUGUCCAUGUCCCGCGACCCCCGCGUCGCCAUCGUCGACGUCAGGGAUGAGGAGAGGAGCUACGACGGACACAUCGCUGGGUCCCACCACUACGCCAGCGACAGCUUCGCCGAGCGGAUGCCCGAGCUCGCCCAGGCAACCGGGGCCAAGGAAACCCUCGUCUUCCACUGCGCACUCAGCAAGGUGCGAGGCCCAUCUUGUGCACAGAUGUUCCAUGACUAUCUAUCAGAGGCCAAGGAAGAUUCAGGGCUAAAGAACAUCAUGGUCCUAGAACGUGGAUUUAAUGGAUGGGAAAUUUCAGGGAGGCCUGUUUGCCGCUGCAAGGACACCCCAUGCAAGGGUGUAUGCUCUUAAGUAUUUUGCUCAUGGCAGAUAUUGCUCUGUACGUUCCAAGGCAUUGAACACCAUCACAAGCUAUAGAUUGAUAAAAUAGCAUGUCUCCAUUGGGUGGAUCAACAAUGGCUUGUUUCCAUGAAUAACAGCUAUUGUCGCCUUAUGGCAUGUAAACUUAAAAACCACAUCGGGAAUGCUUGGAAAUGUUUUGCUCCCGCCAACCUAUGGGCAUUCGCAUCCUGUCUA